GUUCCUUGGUCUUGCUACAGGAUGAGCUCUAGUUCGUCUUCCUCUCCCGACCCCGGCAUCGAUGCGGUCGGCGCCGACGAUGUUAAUAAAGCAACUUCAAGACCGUCCGGGUCUGGCAUUAAGCUUGUUCUACCGCCGCUGAAGGCUGUUAAACCUCUGAAAAGGGGAAAGAAAUCCAAGGGGUCGACGUUCGUUCAGGAUGAAGGGGUUAGAAAGGCUCCAAGACCGGUCAAACUCAAGCCUUUGAAGGAGGUGUUGGCUAAGCUGAUUGCUCAGAUUAAGAAAAAGGACGACUACGCGUUCUUCCUGCGUCCAGUCGAUGAAGUCCAAGUACCUAAUUACAGAGAUGUGAUUAAGCAGCCGAUGGACUUCGGUACCAUGACCGAGAAAGUCAACAAAGGCAGAUAUCGUUCACUCGACGAAUUUUCUAACGAUUUUCAUCUCGUUACGAACAAUGCGAAAACGUUCAAUCCCCCGGGGACAAUCCACCACAUCGAAGCUGCUCGCAUCGAAGCAUGGGGAGAGCAGCACAUCGAGAAGGCCCGCCUUUCAGUGAUCGAACACGAAGCAGACUGGAAUAUCGACAUCGAGCGGGAGGAUUCUGUGCAUCCCGUAGGUGAUGAGGACAGAGGUACGCCCAUGGAUAUUGACGGUACAGCCACGAACGCCCCGUCACCGUCGGUGACCUCUGCCGCCGCAACACCAGCCCCGUCACGACGCAGGCGGAAGGUACCUCAAGCUCCAGGUACUAUUUCUGAGAGCAUUGACGAAGAAGGUAGGCUGCCUGGUUCGAAAGACGGACUUGGAGCGUUCCCAUAUGGGAGUGACUGGGCUGCUUUGAUGCUGAGCCUUAAAUUGAAGGGUAAGAAGAAGCGGACGAAGAAAGAGCGCCUAAGGCUGGAGAAAGGCGGACCACCGUUUGCUGCUGACGGGAGCUUAGACUAUGUUGAGAUGGACGAACCGUUCUCUGCCUUAUCCGUAUUCGCCCCGGAGCCACUCGAGGUUCCCCGAUUAAUGCCUUUGUAUUCGUCGCCGGCCACUUCAGACUCCACGCAUGUGCCGUACGUAGCUCCCGUCAAUCUGCCGCUGGAGAAACCCAUGCCGUCGAUCGACCCGUCACUUCUCACCCCUCCGGUCCCGCCCAGACGACGGCACUGGACGGUCAACCGCAAUGCAUACAGUCGUGGGAGGGGUAAAGAACGUGAGGAGGACGAUACAAAUUCCGCCCCAGGCCCGGAACCUAGAGAAGCUCACGCACUGGACUACGGUUCGUUCUCAGUGCUACUCGGGAAGCUAGAGGAAGAGAUGCGGACCAGGGGCACUGGUGGAUAUUCCACCGCUGUCUUGAACUCUGAACAGAAAGUAAAAGGUGCUAUACACUCCAGCCUGCAGGCGUCCAGCAGCUCUCCGGUCACCAAUGGAAGUGUGCCAGACGGAUGGAAUGGAGAUGAUUAUUGGGAUAGAAGUAAAGCUGCCGAGGCCCAGGAAAUCCUCCGGGCUAUUGUCUACGGGGGCGUUGAAGGGCUGGCUUAUCUGAGGAGUGUAGCUGAAUUCGUAACAUCUACAACGAGUCAAGCCGAGAGACCUUCCGUGUCUUCGGAGUCUGCUCUAGGCAUGCCUCUGGCGGCGUACGUCGAGAAGCAUAUCAUUGACCCUCUCACUGGUGGGCGACACCGCCUUCUCAGCGAGACGGUCUCUCGGCUGUCAAAUCCCAAAGCAUCCGUGUCCUCCGAGGUUGCGCAGCAGGUCCCUCGAUCUGUCAAUGUCUAUCCGCACGCCAGUCGAGCACUCUCUCUCCUCCGCUCCGUCGUAUCAUAUCCCAUCGAUAUGGCCUCUCUAAUCCGGUCUCCGAAUGAGUUAUUCGUCGCAGAGUCGGAGUGGGUCGGUGCUAAUUACAGGGAAAAGUUAUUGCAGAAAGAAGAGGAUGAGAAGGAGAAAAAAUUGGUGGAAGAACCGGGGAGGAAUGCGGCAGAAUAUCUCGCUUUUGCCAUCAAAAAUCAUCAGGAGGCAACCAUCUCGACAAGCGAUGCAUUGCCUGCGUCGGAAGGACCAGAGGUCUAUCAGUAUGCUCUCGAUUCCGUGACUAGCUUAUUCGACGAGCUAGAGCAAAGAAGAAAGGAGACAGGUUCAGUGAGUCUCGGACAGGAUGGAACGGAGGACCCUGUGGCGAGGAAGGUUAGGCUGAGCUUACUGGCGUUGGCGAAGCGGGCGCCCCUAGACAAGAUCGCAAAGUUACCUCCGGAAUUGGUGCCUGCGCACCUUCGACAUGUCGUCCCAACAUUGGGUGCCUGAUCUGUAUUGCAUUAAUAUUGUAUUGUAUGUAGAAUAGUUCGUUGUAGUUCUAUUUCUCGG